AUGAGACAAGUAGCGACACAUCUGCAAAUAAAGGAGCCGACCGAAAGUUUCACGUUGGCGAUUGUUCAAAACCCAAACGAUUUCACAACCACCAAGCCUUCAAUCACUGUUACAAUCAUAGAUGACGACAGUUCUGGUACGUUCGACUGUCGCCGGUUGGGACAACAAAUUUGUCAGAACAACGCCAACUGCGACUCGCAGGGUGUCUGCCAAUGUCCGGCGACCUAUGGCGGGUACAAGUGCGAUGUUGAACUAGCUACGGCUGAUCCUGCCCAGUGUAACCCGACCUGUGUUUCGGGCCAGUGUGCCGCGGACGGCGCUACUUCAAGAUGCUACUGCAACGCCGACUACCUCGAUGAGGGUGUGUGUGACAGCGUUCGUUACAAGGUGAAGUGCGAUUCUUCCACCAUGUCGAUCAACAUCGUUCCGAUUGGCUCGUUCCAAGGCCUGAUCUACGUGAACGGACACGACAGCACGUGCUUGUUCCAGAACGUGGGCGCUCUCACCGGGUUACCCGCAGACUACACGUCUGGUCUGGCUCGUGUGAUACCGCACACAGACACCAACUGCGGGAACGCCGUGUCGAAAUCAGGGGGCGGAAAUAUUCAUAACUCUCGGAUCAUCUACGUCCAGUAUCACCCUGACUAUACGUCCGCCGUUGACGAGGUUGUGGAGGGGUUAUGUUCGUACGACACCAGCCAGACUGUCACCUUCGAGAACGUCUUCAACUCCGUCCUCCCCGCAACCACAGGAGGCAGCAACCAACAGGGAUCUAUCAGAGUGACAGCUGAGGGCGAAUUGAACCCCCUAAGACUGAAACUUUGGAAAGAAGGGAGUGAAGUGACUGCAAACACCCCUAUCCGAAUCGGAACCGAGUUGAAAUUGGAGUUAAACGUAUACUCAGCAUCAGCUUUUGAGGAUUUCGUGAUUCAGUCACUCACCAUUGACAACAACAAGCAAGGGGCGGACCUGAAAAGCAUUCCAGUCAUCACGAAUCGUUGUCAUGUAGGCGGAGAUAUUACCGGCAUCAUCCCCGAACCCGUACGUGAUCAAAACAGCUUCAGAACCGUCUUUACGUUCACGACCAUCAAGUUCUCCAAGUCUGAUGAUCUCAGAAUAAUAUUUGAGGCCAAGAUGUGUCUCAAAGGAGAUACCACGGGAUGCACGGCUACCUGUGGUAGGAGAAGACGCCGAGCGACCGUGUCACGUGACAUCAAAACGAUUCAAGUGGUUAUGAGGAUCUGGGACUAUACAGAUAACACAGAGGACGAUAAGAACGCCGGCCAGCAACCAGACGGAUCUCAAAACGAGGUGGCUCAAAGCUCGAACGUGUUUGGCCUGAGUGACGGAAUCCUUGCCGGCGUCAUCGUGCUGUCGGUCGUGAUCGUCAUCGUCAUCGUCGCCGUCGUCGUUUUCACUUAUAGCAUCCUACGCAGGAAGAGAAAGAUGGAGAAACCCGAAAACUUUCAUUAAUUUCUGUGUUCACUCCAAUCACUGCUUCGACCAUUGACCAUCAUGAUUAAAAACUGUUUCAUUCCCCGUUGUAUCAUUGUAUACAAUAGAUAAAACUAACUACGUUGAUUUUUGUAUUUAAUUUGUAUUUUAUUUAAAGGUGCACUAGAAACAGUCUCUUGGUUAGAAUAUUCCUUUGUGUACGCCUAGUAUGUUAUUGAUUGCCCAAAAGUCAACAAAAGCU